AUGGCCAGUCUAGAGAUUACUACUUUAGCAAGAGAAACCGAUAGGACUAAGCUUAAAGGCACUUUUGCAACUAACCGCUUCAAGCGAUUCUACCGCCGCAACCAAACCCUCUUUCCUUUUGAUAAGGACGACGAAGAAGAAGAAGAAGAAAAUUCGAGCUCUUUAAACGACUCGGACCUCAGCGAAUACGAGCCUUUCGACGACGGCAAAACCAUGCUCAAGGUAGCAACCUCCGACUUUAACAACAAAUUGGACAAGAACAACACCGAGUGGAAGGAUGAGAUCGCUAUUCUUGACGAAGGACUCUUGAAGAAGCUAAGACUAGAGGUCUUAUCGUAUGGCUUAUUGAUUUUGGCUUUCGACAACAUAAAGGGCGAAUACGACGAGCCUAAAGAACGUAUAGAGUUUGCCGACGAGAAUCAAACUUGGAGUUUCGUUUUGCAAAAGGAACCCGAAUCCGGAACUCUACUCGUGAACUAUAGUUUACGAGUAAAAGAUAAUUCAGCAAUCGAGGCAAGACUAAGUCAAUCUCUUGCUCUUAAUACCCUUUUGCUUAGAUCACUUAUUGCGCGCCUUUCGCUGUCACUAGCCUUGUCUUAA